AAUAAUUUUUUUUAAACACAAUCUCCGGUCUCUCUACACACCGUUGCAAAGCAUAACAAAAACAGUUGAGAGAGAGAAAAGAAAAACACGGUUUUGGUGUAUCUGAAAACAAAGGUUUGGAUCAACUCUGAAUGUCUGUUAUGGCCUCCACCAAAUCAAUCAUUCUUUUUCUUUUCAUUCAAUUGUGCUUCUCACUUCUACCCUUCUCAUUCGCUCAAUCCCCAGCCUCUGGGUCUUCCGAAGGUUACACCAUUUAUGGUCGAGUGAAGAUUCCCAGUUUGGGAACAAAAGACUAUAUUCUUCCUGGAAAAAUUUCAAAUGUCAAAGUCAUACUCAAUGGUGGUCAAAGAGUUACGUUUCUGAGGCCUGAUGGAUAUUUCUCAUUCCACAAUGUUUCUUCAGGUACUCAUCUAAUUGAAGUGGCUGCAUUAGGCUAUUUCUUUUCUCCGGUACGGGUUGAUGUAAGUGCUAGACACCAUGGCAAAAUUCAGGCAGCACUGACAGAAAAUAGGAGGGGGCUAAGUGAGUUUGUCUUAGAGCCGUUAAAGGAGGAACAAUAUUAUGAGAUUAGGGAACCAUUCUCUAUUAUGUCCAUUGUGAAAAGUCCAAUGGGUCUGAUGGUGGGAUUUAUGCUGAUUGUUGUCUUCCUCAUGCCCAAAUUAAUGGAGAACAUGGAUCCAGAAGAAAUGAGGCGUGCACAGGAAGAAAUGAGAAAUCAAGGAGUUCCAUCUUUAGCAAGCUUGUUACCUGGUGGUGCAAGAAACAACUAGAUGGUAUUGAGUAAUGGAAAACCAGUGAGCAAGUUGGUUGCCUUGAGCAGGACCUGAGCAAAUGCGACAUAUCAUGAAUGGAAAAAUUUUUACGACAAAUUGGUGCUGAGAGAAAUCUUUUGAUUAUUUAUGUUGUGGAUUAGCUAAAAUUUAAAAUUUCUUAUGGAGAAAUUAAUAUAUUUUAUUUGAAUUCUCAUGAGUAGGUUUCAACGUAACUCUACACGCUUUCUUGUCAAAUGUUGAUAACCAUGCACGAAUAUGGAUAAUAUUUUUGGUUUACUUGUAGCAACUGUACAAUUUCCUCUUUUGGUCCUUUUGCCAGAAGGAGGAAUUGAUUUAUGAUCGGUUUUGGCGGCAUUGCUGAAAGUUAAUUUUCUUCUCCAAUCUCGGUGCUUUGUUUUUUAUUA